AUGGAACAUCCGGAUUGGGGCCCAACUCAAUCUCAGUAUUCGGCUACUUUCUCAUCCCGCAUGGAAGAAGCCUUCACCCGCUAUAUGGCUACUAAGGAAUUUAUAUCAUAUGCACCCAGAGACUUUAUCUCAUUGGGGCUGCUUGAGACGGCUCUCGCUGCUGGAGAAAAUAUGCAUAAGACGGGGUACCUGGGUGGCACAGGAGUAUUCUCACUACUGGUGACCACCCUACGAGCAUACGUCAAGAGACAUCCAGGCGAUGUAUUCAAUAACUACUUCGGGUUUCUCUGCAUCAGGCAUCUCAUACGCAUGGUUUGCAUUGGAGUAUUAUCCGAAACCUCUUCACUUGAUAAAUUUUUGAGAGCUUUGGAGCCUUCUCUGAGCUGGAACUAUGUCACAGAACUACUAAGCCAUGUCGUAACGGACUUCAUGUACCAAACUUCAGCUACUGACAGCUCUAUCACAAAUACCGUCGACUUUGCAUCCCUUCGUGGACCCAUAUUUGUAGGUGACGGCGGACUGAAUCAGGAGAGUGCUGAUUACUUGGUGCACUUGUUGUGGACAAGCCGCAAGUCGAUCGUUCCCCUCAGGUCUAAAGGACUACUACCGGGUCUUCCAGCUUUGAUUUUCGUACUUGCUGAAAUUACGCGCCGGCCUACAAACUCGUCAGACUCCCAGAAGCCGUGGGUUCAGCUACAAGACCUUUCGCUUCGUUGUUACCUGGUUAACGCAAGUGAUGCUGAUCGCAAAGCGCUGCGUCAAAUUAGUCUGUGGAUUCAUAAUAUACUUCACCCUCCCGGGCGUCCAGGCAGCAAUCUACGACCGGACUACGUACCCUUCGAUAAUGAAGAUGGUUGUAUGAUCGGCCAGGCAUAUAUUGACUUGCUAUCCCCACCAAUAGAUCCGUCGUUCGUUACGACCAUGCACAUAUUCAUCAACAUAUCCUUGGUCCUUCUUCGUUGGGUAUUCAUCAUGCUAACCAAGCCUAGCCCGAGAGUUCCGGCUUUGGAUAGUUUGAUACCAAAUGCAUUCAAUGCAGCAUUAGAGCGACUGGGAGCUGAGAUUGAUCAAGAGUCCAACAGCGCCAUGUCCCUCAUUACGCGCGUAUCUUUGUGGUAUUAUAUUGCAGACAUUUGCAGACAAAUCCAGUGGUUUCAUGAGAAUACUGUAGCGCUCGACUCUCGAGAAGCACUUAUGACCAAACUUUAUGAUGCUGAUUUUCAUGGCUUGCUUGAACUUCGACCCUUGUUGUUCGGAGGGCAUGUAUUUGGCUCUCCUUUACAUGCGAGUAAUGUGAUGUGGGACUUUUUCUUAGGAGCUAUUGACCAAGUCUCGAAUUUCUUCAAAUCGGCACCCAAUAUAUCCGAUAUGCAAAUACAGUCGACUGCAGCGCAAUGGCUCAAGGUCUUGAAUCACAUGUUCUAUCGUCAUGCAUCGCUCAUUCCGUGCCUCACACCUCGGGAUAUUCUUGAUGACUCGAUGGAGGCCUGGACGACGCUCCGUACCUCGUCGCUUUCGCUCCCGUGGUAUAUGGCCGAGAACCCGAAGCGAAAGUGGUAUGCGAAAGGUGUGCUAGAGCGAGGUAUUGCGACCGGCGGUGCCAAAGCAUACACUGGCUAUUAA